CAGGACUCACACUGGAAGCAUGUGUUUCGGGCUCUCCCUACAAGUUUUACAAACGCGCGUAAUAUUGGCACCGUCGUUUGUUUCCAUUCUAACUAGUCGAUUGAUCAAACCUAUAUAAGUAUUUUUUCAGCUGCGGUAAAUCUCGAGUCGGUUUUACCAAUGUUAUUAAUAGAAAGUGCGAUGUGAUUUCUGCAUGUCUGUAACUUCAAUGCCUGUGUUCCACGCGAAGACGGCGAUGUGGUCCCGGAAGCAGUCCGUGUCCAGCGCAGUGAGCGGGGCUUCGAAGGGGGAUGACGCGGAAGCACCUCUAGGGACCGACCUACACAUCUACCCCUUCGCUGUUGCAUUGCGCGUCAGGGUGUUACAGAUAGUCUGCGGCAUUGGGGGUCUGGUGGUAGGCGCUGUUGGAUGGUUGGAGGAGCGACAGAAACCGAUGCUGGGGUUGGGAGUCCCAGCAGGUGCUGUCACCGUGCUAGCCGCUGCAACGUCGGUGUACUACAGCCGUGGGUUCGGCGGGUGGAUGUCAGCAAGGUCGCGGUCCAUACGCAGCUGGGGGGCCCCGUGGCGGGCGCUGGGGCCCUCGCCCUGCGCCGCGGUCCCCCUCACGAUGCUGUGGGCUGCAGCUAUAGGAGCCCAUAUCGCGAUGUUGGCGUUCUGCUUCAGAUCGCUCAUGAAUAUUGGUUGCGGCAGCAAGACGUGCGUUGGCGUUGCGGCAGCACAGCUGACGGUGUCAGUGACUACCCUAGCGGCGGCAGCUUACAUGGUGCAACUGGACUUGCGGUACGACGCCGCUCUCUCACCACCACCGAGGCCGUCAGACGCUCAGAUAUGCACCGCCGUUUCAAUGGUGCCGCUUACCUCAGUGGCAAUCAGCGGUAAUAGCGGAGAGGGCCCGGAGCCCACCGGCAGCCCAGCUUCCAAAGAGAAGGACCCUCAAUCACCAGAACUGGCCACCUGAUGCAGCGAAGCAGCGUAAGCUGAAAACUUUACGAACGCUAGUCCAAACUUAAUGAAUGUAAAUAAAAUUUUAUGUUUUAAAUAUCGUCGCACUCAGGAAAGUCAAUAAAAUUUUAACAUGUAUUGUAUUAAAGUUUCAAAUAACGUUUAAGU